UUUUGGAAAGAAAAAGCAUGGCAUAUACCGUAUUUGUGAAGAAUAGUUGGGGUGCUUCCGUCAAUACGAUGCUCCGCCAUUUUUUCAGAGGGAGAGAGAGGGAGAUUUCAUAUUUUGUCGUUUGAGAUUCAGUGGCGUGGAGUCAGCAACAGGUCUUCGAUUUUGAAAACCGGAGAAAUCCAUCCGAUUCCAGCAGAGAGAGACAAAGCUUUUCCUUUUCAUGAAAAAGGAACAAUCUUGAGAGAAGUUCGAGACGGAGAAUGGAAUCUUAGGAGAGUGUCGAGAAGGAAAAGAGUAGAAGAAGAAGUUUGGCGAGGCGGGGCGGGGCGGUUCAGUUUGUGGUUUCUAGGUUUCCGGUUGAGGUGAGGAAGAUGACGGAAGUGAUACUGCACAUCUACGAUGUGACCAACAGCGGAUCCGAGAAGACCAACAACACCAUUAUGCAGAUCAACCGUAUCUUCAAGGACACUAUGGGUGUCGGCGGCAUCUUCCACAGCGCUGUUCAGGUGUACGGAGAUGAUGAAUGGUCUUUCGGGUUCUGCGAAAGAGGAAGUGGAGUGUUCAGCUGUCCUUCGGGACAGAAUCCCAUGUAUACAUAUCGUGAAUGCAUUGUUCUUGGAAGAACCGAGUUCUCGAUCUCCAAAGUGAAUCAGAUCUUGAGAGAACUUAGUAGAGAGUGGCCGGGGAGUACAUAUGACUUGUUGGCAAGAAACUGCAAUCACUUCUGUGAUGAGUUCUGUGGACGACUUGGUGUACAAAAGCCUCCAGCUUGGAUCAAUCGGUUUGCCAAUGCUGGUGAUGCUGCAAUGGUAGUAGCUGGAAAUACAGCAGUGCGGUUUCGGCAAGCCAAGACGGAGAUUGUAUCUGCUAGCAAAGUCGCCUAUCGGUUUCUUCUGGGUGCCGCUUCAAACUCUACAGUUUCUCCAGAUUCACCCACCAGUUCUCACAGAGGCACUCCUCGAUGUCAAGGAACUUGGUUUAAAAACCUUAUCACCUCAGGUGCCAAGCCAUCAAACAGUUUAGAAGAGGAUAAUAAACAAGAAGAGGAUGCAUUGUGGCAUAAAACGGAGGAAGCUAAGGAAACACCAGUACGACAGAAUUCAAAGGGAUGAUGGCCAGUAGAUAUAACAAGCUAUUUGUUGUUGCAGAAAACGUCAACAGUGGGCUUUGCCUUGAGUAGGUCAUUAUAAACAACUGCCGAGAAUUGGCAUAGCAAUCAGAAUGCAAGCAUGGCAGAAACAGAUGCUCAGUACGUUACGUCAUUUAUUAAUUUAUAAACAGCAAACCACAGGUAAGACUUCUACCAGAUUACCAGUUCAUUAUAUGUGUCUAAGUCCCGUCGUUUAGGGAGAUUCUCAGUAACGAUAUGAGCAUAUGAUUGAGAGUUCGAAAGAAGAAUAACUGCUGAGAAUUGGCAUAGAAAUCAGAAUGCAAGCAUGACAGAAACAGAUGCUCAGUACAUUACAUUAUUUAUUAAUUUAUAAACAGUGAACCACGGGCAAGACUUGUACCA